GAGUUCUGUCAAGUGAUUGGCUCAGUGAAUGUCCGUAGCUCCAGUCCUGGAAGGUAUUUCCUGAUUGGUUGCUGUGAGCAGUAUGGGUCACAGAGGAAGCCCAUGUACAAGCCUGGUCAUUCAGUGGCUGUGAACAGUGCUUGGUUUUCAUCUCACUCAUAUGUGGAGGAUCGGAGGCAGCCAGACCUGUGGUGGGUUGCUAUGGCAGUAUUGUUGUUACUCUUCAAUGGUUUACUCAUUUUUCUCCUGCUACAUGUAGGUGAUUGCCUACAGGGGAAACCAAAUCUCUGUGAUUUAAGUUGUUCUGGAUUUCCUACCUCUGAAUUGCUCUAUCAGAAAGGGGUGAGAUAUACUUACAGGUAUAGCACGACAAUUACCAGCACCCUUCAUGGCUCCACUGGUGGCAGGAAUGGUCUGGCUUUGGACUGUCUGGUUGAUAUUGACGUGGUCUCCAAGUGUCACCUAAUGAUGCAGAUGAGGAAUCCACAGAUAAAACGGCUUUCCCCUCAAAAGGAGCACUCUGUGCAGCAUUUAAAAAGUCUGAGGGAGUCACUGGAGAGAACACGCCUCAAGUUCUCCCUCCAGAGGGGGAAGGUCACGGCCCUCUGUCUGCAGGAGGGGGAGCAGGUGUGGGCUCUGAACAUUAAAAGGGCUCUACUGAGCAUGCUCCAGACGUCCCCCAUGGCUUCCAAACUGACAUUAGAAAAUGAGACGGAUGUGUACGGCACCUGCAUCAGCAGGUACGAGAGGCGAGGACUCAUACUGCUGAAGACCAGGGAUCUAAAACAGUGCCAUCAGUCCAGGCUGGCAAACUUCUGGCCUCAUUCAGUUGCUCUGAGCGAAGACACAUCAGUGCAUUUGGAGCUACAGUGUGCUCAGCGCCAUGGCUCCGUAAUGGAAGAGGUUAACUGUACUGAGGCUGUAUCCAUGAUGACAUGGUCCAGGACUACAGGGCUCGUGAAAACCCAAACAGUGUCUAAGCUACUCUUGCUCAGAGCCCAGCCAGGAACUCCUCUAGGAGCAGAUUCCUUAGGCACUCGUGUGCCAGCUGACCUUCACUUUGAGGAUGAAGGAGCUGCAAGGCUGGGAAAAACUAGACCAGCAACACCACAGGAAGUCGGUCAGACUGUCAGGAUGUUAUGCAGCCUCACCUCAGACCCACAACUGGUAUCGCAAGAGUUUAUUCAACUGGUGUUCCAGCUGAAAGAUCUGACUAUCUCUCAGCUCAAGACACUUUGGCAAGAAGCUUCUUUCAAGUGCCGCAAUGACUGGCAGCCGCUGUUGGAUGCAUUGCCGGCAUGUGGAUCUGAAAACUGCAUCAUAUUACUGACUGACCUGAUGAGGAACAAAGAGGUGGAGGAAGAGCAGGCUCGCUCCCUCCUUACCACCAUAGCCCUCAUCCCUCAUCCAUCGGCAAAGAUCAUCUCCUCCAUCAAUGCUUUAACAGAGCUCCCAGAGCUGCGGUCCAAGGCUCUGUUGGCUGGAUCAUCUCUAGUCUAUCAGUUGUGCCGGAGGUCUCUAAACUCCUGCACUGAGCUUUCUCAGGUACAGACCUUCAUGCAGAUCCUUGAGAAAACCCUUCAGGAGGGCUGUGAAGGAGAAGAACCCACUCAAGUUCAAGAGGUUCUUUAUGCUUUAAAAUCAGUGGGAAACACUGGUGUGUCUGCUUCUGCCUUCAUUCCUCUGCUAAGCCGUUGCGUGCUGAGCUCCUCAGCAGCCCUGCAGCUUAGGCUUGCUGCAAUCCAUGCCUUCAGACGCUUUCCCUGCUCAGCUGAUAGGUCUGUGCUGUUGCAGCUGUACAGCUCUUCCCAGGAGGAUACUGAGGUCAGAAUCGCCGCAUACCAGCAGCUCAUGCGUUGCCCUGACCUGGAUGUGUUUGAAGUGGUGAAGACGACCCUGAGGAGUGAGACUUCCAGUCAAGUGGGCUCAUUCGUGUGGAGUCACCUGACUAAUGUCCUGAGGAGCGAGGACCCCGGAAAGCAAGCCCUCAUUGAGUCGCUGCCCGAUGACAUUAUCAGCAGAGAUUUUGAAGCCGAGUUUUUAAAAUAUUCCUCCUAUUCAGACUAUACUGUCUCAUCAGCCGUCGGAAUCAAGAAUGUGGAAACAUCUUUAAUUUUCUCCCCAAAAUCCUUUCUACCGAGAUCUGCUUCUGCCAACUUAACCGUGUAUUUUCAUGGCAGAGCCCACAACCUUCUGGAGGUGGACCUUCGUGUUGAAAAUGCUGAACCAUUUUUGAAGAGCAUCUUUGGCCAGCAGCAGACAGAGAGAGAAAACACAACUCAAAGUGGAAAGCACGAGGCCAGGAGGACAAAGAGAAAGAUGGACGAUGGGCGUAGAGGAGAAAAAGAGACGUGUUUAUCGAGCACUGACAGCUACCUGAACCAGGCCCGAGCAAUGUUGUUUGGAAGAAAGAAAAUGGAUGAGAACAUGCCCAACUGCUGGGUCGGUGUGAAGGUGUUUGGGAAUGAGCUCAGCAUGUUCACAUGUGAAGAUCUCUACAAUCAAAUCAACCAGGUGUCGCUGAGCAUGGCUGGACUGGCUGUCAGACUGCUCAAGGGUCAUGAGGUGCAGCUAAACCACAGAUCCACUUUGAUGGCGGAGGAGCUGGCUUUGCCGUCUCUGUCUGGUUUACCCGUCAAACUGGGCAUCAACAUGACCUCCCUUCUUUCACUGCAUCUGAAAGGCAGAGUCAACUACAGGGAUUAUUCCCAUUUCUCCCUGAAUGGAUACAUCAAACCCAAUGCCUAUGUGAGUCUCUCGGCCAGGAUGGGGGUUGACGGGGCUCUGGGUCAGGCUGCGGUGGAGUGGGUGGCUGAGCUGAGGAGCUCCACGAAUCUGGACGGCAGCAUUCAGCUGCAGGAGGGGCAAGAUUUCAGGGUCACGCUUAACACACCUGAGGACUUAAUGGACAUCUUCUCUCUCAGCUCGAGAGUGUUUCAGCUCAGUGGAGACCACAGAGAGGAGAUAAAGGGGCCAAAGAGUCGAGUACAGAAGACCACCUGCACACCAAAAACCUGGUCCAAGAUGGUGGGUUGGCAGCUGUGCUCCAACACCUCUUACCCAUCACUUGCCACAGGUGUUGCUUUCCUGCCCUCUGGACCAGUGCACCUCUCCCUCAGGCUGCUGAAGCUGGACAGAGGCCUCCAUUACUAUCUGCUUGAGGCUGCUUACUCAGUACAUCAUCAGAGAGGGACCUGGCUUCCCAGGGAGGCCUCCAUCCACCUCCUGCUAGCCACUCCUCAGUCCUCCAUCCCGAGAGACAUGUCUCUGGAUCUGGCCUUCAGCCCUCGCAGACUGCUGCUGAAGAUCAUUCAUCCUCUUAAAAGCAUCCAUUUACAUGGUCAACUUGAGCAAGAGAGGAACACCAAGUCAGGAAAGCUGGAGCUCAUGAUUGAUGGUGUUCAUUAUUACAUCAUGGGUGUGAUGGACACCCAGACCUUCCUGUCGGAGCAGAGGACUCGCUACCAUCUUGAAGCCAAGAUGGCCCCCGAUCGACAUCCCAUGAUCCUAUCUGCUAAUAUAACUCGUGGACUGGGGGGGAAAACCAGCUUUUCUGCCACUGUGAAGAACGUGUUCAGAGAGCCUGCAUCGCUGUUGGUGGCCCUGGAACGCAGGCGGGAUGGCAGCAGCAAGCAGUACUCUGUGGAGGCGGAGCUCCUCCUACCCGGUGUAGUCGGCAGCAAGACGCUCGGGGUGAUGGAGCAGAGGGGCUCACUGUGGAGCUCUGUGCUCAGGCUCAAGUAUGGUUUGGGAGCUGACGCUCGCCACCUCCAUCAGGAGUGCUACACAUCUCAGAGAGUGAGGAGCGAGAGGGACGCAAACCUCACAUACAUCAUGAGAGCCGAUCAUGAAUUCUACUGCACCAGCACCGCUCCUAUUAACCAUAAGAUCCACCUCAGGCACGAGGAAAGCUUGAGCCAUGUUAAAUCGUCUUUGGACAUUAGCUACGGCAAACACUGGGAUGAGAUAAACAACAAAUACACGCUUCUCCUGAGCCAGUCUUUCAAAAACCAGUCCACAGAGAAUCACACCCACUACACUCUGGAGUUCAAUCUCCAGGCACUGGAGAAAAACAUAAACUACAGGACUCAGCUACUACACUCUCACCUGACACAGCGAGGCUCUGAGAGAAGCACUCACUUAAAAAUCAAUUACAACAAUCUGAUGCCGCUGGUGGCUGGAUUACACUGGAAAAGCCCUCCUAAAGAUGCCCUGCACAAGAUAUGGGAGGGAUCGUUUAAUAUGGACACACCAUGGCUGUACAUUUACACUGCACUUAAGUUAAACCAGCUGCAGAGCCAUACGCUGCAGCUGACCUCUGAGCUGACAGCCAGCAAGUGGCUGACCAUCCGUAACCUGGUCCUGGAGGGUUUUUACAGGGACAAGGGGAGAGAGAAGGAGGCCCGAUUGGAGCUCUACACACCAGCAAUUACCUACCUCCAAGCGGGGGGCUGGGGUUUGCUGGGGAAGCGGAGUGUGAAGGCCUCAUGCUCCUUGAGCUCGCUGUGGACUCCUCCCCUCCAAGGAGACAUUUCUCUGGAGGCUUCUAAGUUCAGCCACACCCUGCAAAUGGCCUCCACCUAUGGCAAGCAAAAUGUAACCCUCGCUGCUGCCCUGACCGCUGCUGAUAAGAAUUUGAAAAAGAGACAAGGGAUUCUGAAGAUGACCUACACAAAGCCAAAGAGUCCACCCACUGAACUGGAGCUCGAGGGAGUAGUAGAGGAGCUGAGGAAGGACAAGAGGAUGUAUAAGAAAACUGCCAUGCUCCAACUCAGACAGCCCUUCCAGACCUUUCCUCCAACUCUCCUCCUCCGGGAGACUUUCACCGUCGACCUCCUCAAUGGCCUCUACGUCCUGGAGUCCAAGGCUGGUUUCAGUGACAACAGAGAGGUCGUCCACACCCUGACCCUGGGCUACCGACCACCGAGCCCUUUUGUUUGUUCUGCACUGAUCCACCCUUUCAGCGCUGAUGCUAUUCCAUCAGACUCGGAAAUCUGUGUGACCGUAACCAGCAACCAGAACCUGAGAAAUAUACAAGGGAGGUUAAGAGUUGGAAGCAAGGAGAGACUGACUUUCUCUGGGCAGCUUCAGCUGAACCCUACGCAUUCAACUCACCAGGCAAUAAAAGUUAAAGGCAACUUUUUCCAUCAGCUCCAGCUGCAGCUCCCCUCCUCUGCUUUAAUAGAGGGAGAUGUACUUUGGACCCCAAAAAACAACAAUAACUUUGAUUACCAGGCCAAAGGGAAACUAAGAAUAGAGCGGCAAGAGUGCCAGCUUUCUGUGCAGCUGAAUGGAACAUCAGGCAGAGUUGGUCUGUAUUCAUCUCUUCGUCACCCCUUCAAAUCAAAGAUUCCCAAAACAUUAGAGGCGUCUGCAGACAUGUCGAUGGUGACUGGCAAAGGGAGCAGCUCGGUGCGUGUGAGGGCUGAUGGGAAGGACAAGCUGAAGCUGAAUGCGGACAUGUCCCACUCCAUGCAGAAGGGAGACAGAGGUGUAGGGCUGAGGCUGAACUUAUCCCAGAGCCUGCUACCUACAGCCACGGAUCUACAUGUAAACAUAGCAGGGAACGUGUCCUCAGACAGUGUCUUUCUACGUGGCUCCUUCACGCAAGGAAUGCAGGCUCUGCUGGCCCAGCUCAAGGGGUCUUUGAAACACUCACAGGGGAUCCAGAUGGCUGUGACAGGGGACUUGAGGCAUACCGUGACCAGCCUAGAUUUCCUGCCUUCAGUCCUCGGGUUGGAUGGGGCAUUGGGGCAGUCUGACAGUUUAAUCGAAGGACAGCUGAGAGUUAGAUUGAUGGAGACAGUGUACAGCGUGGAGAUGCGACACCAACGAGAUCCCGGAGAAGCUUUGGAAGGAGAUGAUGAAGAAGGGAUGAUGGGAAAGGGGUCCCACAGGGCCCACGACUGGCUGUGUGUUUGGUCCGGGGAGGAGCAUUUGUGUGUGAAUGCGAGCCGCCAGCGGGGGAGUCGAGGGACAGGAGAGAUCUACACACGACUUUCUCACUCUUUCCAAGUGCUCAGAGCCACAGGUGUACCUCCCAACAGUAGUGUUGAGGUUAAAUGGGCUCAGAAAGGUGAUGGAUUGUCAGUCCUGGGAGAGCUGCAGGUUGGACUUGAACAUCUUAGAGCUGAGUUUCAUGGAGGCAGGACAGACCACGCCAACCCCCAGUGGGUAUUCUCCUCUAGGCUGCAGCACCAAGUGGAAGCCCUGCUUAAAAGAGGCCUGACACCCUCCUUUGAGGCUAAAGCGCAUUACCAGUUAGAAACAGAAGGACUGGACAUGGGCUUGGUCCUUUACAUGCAAGAUGUGAGAGCUGCUGACAUCCUUUUAAAAGUUGGAUCAAGAAAUACAACAACUAUUUUGGUAGUGUCUCUAUGGCAACAGAUGAAGCUGCUCCAAGGACUCGUACCCACUUACUUACAGAUGAACUGCACAGGGGACGUCACCACAGACCGGCUCUCCGCUCACUGCUAUGGAAAUGUGGCAGACAGCCCCGUGGAGGCUCUCCUGCCUCCACAGACAUCAUUCAACGUCUCCAUCACUCGGUCUGGCUGUUCCACAGAUCUCAGCACUGUCCUGCAGGCUGAAGGAGCACAGAAAGGCAGUCUAAACCUGUCUCUAACUUGUGAUCCUCAGCUUAGUCUCCGGGCAUCUGUACAGCACUCUAUUGAGCCAAUAAAGAAGCUGCAGUUUCCUACCCACGGAGAGCUAUUCCUAAACGUCUCAACUGCCCUUCUGCCUGGUGUGGAGGUCGGCCUGGAGGUCGGACGUUGUUUUUUUAGGGGUAACGUAGGGAAAGUCAAGGCUUCACAGACAGAGACUGAGCAGACUUCUUACACUGUUAAUGUGAGCAGCUUCUGUCCUCCUCUGCAGGAAAUGAAACUGCCUGUGUCCCUGGCUCUGCAGGGCCUACUCAAGGUUAUUCCUUGCCAGCUGACUCUGUCCGCCUCUGUGAGGGCAGAUAAUCAGAACCUCUCUUUAGACAUGAGCCAGUCCUGCAGGAGUCCAAACCUCUCUGGGGCCCUGACUCACUCCUUCCUCUGGCUGAGUGGUCAGGGUGUACCACAGAUCAUUUCUAUAGAUGGUAGUGCUCCUGAAGGCCCUGAACAGCCUGGAAGUCUAUUCAUCAAAGUUGGGACGUGUCACAUUAGAGCCACUCGAGUUAUGGAAACCAAAGGACGAAAAGAGUGGCUGCUGGCUCUGGAGUCUAUGUGCCCUCUGUUACAGGCUAAUAUAAAUGGCUCAGUGCAGCAGGAUACUCGGGGUAUCUGGACAGUCAUGCUGGGCACUGAUAUGGAGGGCAGAAGGGCUUUUCUGAGGCUUAAUGUAAGGGCCUGGCCAGAGCUCAGUGUGGAUGGUGAACUCAGCCAUGACCUUCCUGCCCUCAGAGAUCUGCCUAAAAACAGCAGACUGAGGCUAAGCAGCAGGUCAGGAAAACUACGAUUUGACGCCGAAGCCCUCGUUCAGAUGGAGGAGUGUGCCGUCACAGCCAGUGGAGCUGUGAUGUCCCAGCUGGGCCUGCAGGGGUCGCUGAUGUAUCACAACAACUGUACAAUGAUUCAGGAGUUGGGCAGUCCAGACAGGAUGCAGGCCUCUGGGUCCCUGGUUGUGUCCUCAACCUUUGCUGAAUCCCAGGUCUCAAUGGCGAUCGACAACGCCAGGUUGCAAACUUUAGUGUUGAUCAAUAAAACCAAGGACGAAAAUGAAGCGACUCUUAAUCUAAACCACUCUGUGCCCCUGUUGAAGAAGCUGGGUCUCCCGCUAAACGCUGCAGUGACAAUGAAUUCUGGGAGUCAUAGGAAUGGUUCACACUUUUACAGAUUCAACAGCAGUGCAGGAAAUCAAAUGGUAAGUCAUGCUGCGUCUGUGGCAAAGACGUCCGACACAGUGAGAGUAAACAGUCAUUUUAGACACACAGUGAAUUGUCUGAAAAAGCUGGGAGUCCCUGCCAACAACAGCAUCCAGGUGGAGUUUGGUUCUGCUGAGGGGAAAGGCUUGAGCUUACAGUCCCAGUUUGGUGGUCAGCUGGCGGGACUGAGGCUUAAGAUGAAAAAUGUUCCCAUGACCAAAGAAAUAAGAGGAACCAUGUGGCACAGCUGGUCAUGGCUACACGACAGAGGCCUGCCAUCUAAUAUAGAGGGUCUUUGCUCCAUCCAAGGAACCUUCUCUCAGCAUCAGUCCAGGGCUCAGCUCACUGUGGAGGGACACAAGCUGCUCACAUCUGGCUUGAAUUUCAGUGGCACCAAUGGACAUUUGUCUGUUCUCCUCUCCUACUCUCCUCCAGCUUUCAAUCAAACAAGAACUCAAUGCAAUCUGGACGCCGUCCUCACUGCUCAGUUCAAAGGCCCUCUGAGGAGCGCCUUAUUAGACAUUCGAAGCCAGGAUUGGAGGGUCAGAGCGGUUGGGGAUGUUGGUGGUUGGGGCUCACAUGGAGGGACUAAGGAGGCCAGAAUCACACUGAAACAGACAGUACAGGGACAAGCCACUCCUGCUUUUCAGGUGGAGGCCUGGGGAAGACUUACUGAGUCACAACUGAGGUGCUCCAUGGCUGUAAACCCUGAACUCAGCACCUCACUUGCACUCAUUGUCCAGGGACACCAUGUCCCUCAUAGCAAGGACCUGAUGGUGAAGGUGGUCCAGAAUGUCCCCACAAUGCUGGUCUACCUGCCUUCUCAACUCAAUGUCCGAACUCAGUUGAACCACUCUCAGUCCACUUUGGUGGGUUUGGUGGAGGUGAUGUCAGGCAGGAGGAAGCUGUGGGCUGUUGGAGAGCUGGCAGCGAUAGAGAGCGGAUACAGGCAACUUCUAGAGGUCAAAAACUCGUACCCACAGUUGAAGCCACUCCCCAGGACUGCUGCAGUGAGGACAGUGUAUGAGGCUCGGAAAUGGAGCUACCAAGUUCAGCAAGCUGCUGUGUGGGGCAGCCAGGAGUUCAGCUUGUCUGGUCUGUACUCUGCUCCACCAGCACUGGAGAUGGGAAACCAGACAAUCAAGGUUCAGAUCACCUGCAUCCCCCGUUUGACUAGUUUGGAUCUGACGCUGGAGCGUUCGCUACAUGCAGGACUGGAUAGUGUUUUGCUGGACUGGAUGAGGCAUGGACAACUGGAGCAGGUCAGAGUUCUUAGCUCGUGGAGUCGCUCGGAGGACAUAAAUACAACCAAACUGGAGCUGAAACAACCAUUCACCUCUGCGCUCAGACACCUGUCGCUGCACACACUGACCCAAAGCUCGCACAGAGACCGACGCAGCAGCCGCCAGGCCCAUUUGUCAUGGGAUGGUGCGGUCCCUGUCAACGUUUCUCUCAGCCUGAACAAACAGUGGCAGACCAAUUCCAGCAGGGGGCAGGCGUGCGCUCUGUUUACAGCCCAACAGAAAGCUCACCGGGGAAUGCACAGCCUUCAGGUUAACGUUGGCCUGGACAGAGUCUCUCCAGCUCCCUGUCCCUCACACACACUACUGGCCAAAGUUCAAACCAACCUCAGGGACCGCUUAGAGCACACUGUGCUGCUGGGCCUCUGUCCUCUACAGCCUACUCUGUCGUGGUCAGGAUCCCACAGAGUGAACUCAGGCGAGGAGCUGUUUUACACCCAGUCCCAGCUGGCUGUGACAGGGCGACCGUACCACUGCAGCUUCACCUUCGCCCUUACCAACUCCUCCACGCUUCACGGGACCAACAUGUCUCUGUUCUCUGAGUCUAGGAUGGGUAAUUGUAGUGUGGAAGUGAGGGGCAGUGCCCUGUCUCAAGUCAAAGGGUCAGGUCUCCAGGUACAGGCCACACUGGACGGCAGAGAGAAGAUCUGGCUGAACGGUACAGUCGAGGGACGAUGCCUGCAGACUACAGCGGGUCAUAUGAAUGGUCUAGGCCUCAGUGAGGAUCUCACCGUAGCAGGAUGUGUGGGUGUAAACCACAGUUUGACGCUGGAUGUGCAGAAAAGAAGCGGCAGCGGCACAUCUGAAACUCUGGGCAGAGUGUUUCUGGGAACAGCCAAUCAGACACUAAUGCUGAGAGCAAGUGGCUGUUUGGAGAGUCUGACUGCAGCAGAGCAACGGGCGGACUGUUUAAGCUCUCAGAUACAGAUUAAACUUACGGAGAGAAUCAAGGCAUUGCAGCGUCUCCUCAUAGACUUUAGAAGACAGUCCAGAGACAGUCAGCUGCUGCAGGAGCUGAGCGCUCUGCCUCUCCAUGUUUCACAGCAAGCAGAGGCUCUGCUGGGGAAGAAAGAAAGAGGCGUGCUGGCUCUGUGGCAGAGGAGCCCGCUGCGUCACUUCUUGACCGAUAGCCUGCCACGCUUUCUGAAUCUGCUGCAGCACGCCUCGCUGCUGGGACAGCAGGAACUUAGGAGGCCGCUUGCCACUCUGGCGGGUGUGUACCAGGAUGUGAAGGGCCAGAGGCUGGAGGCGAUGUGGAGGGAGGCUGUUCUGCAGUGGAAUGACAAGCUGGUGGAGGUCCUUCCUGCUCUGCUGGAGAACCCUCAGCUCAGACUGCUGUCAGAGGCCGGUGUCACCGCGCUCAGCAUCGCCCUGGAUGUGGCAGGCCAGCAUACCUACCACUGGAUUGAGACCAGGCUGGCGAUGGCUCUGUCUGGAGUCAGAAAACGGCUUGCGUCAGUCUACAAAUUCUUCCCCAGCGAAUGUUCAGUGAUUGUGUCGGUGCCGCUGCCGCAGCUGUCCCGGUCAAGGACGGCCAAAGCCGGGCUGAUGGAGAUCCUCCUCGAGGAGUGGAUCCUGAGACCUCUGCUGACCCUCGCCUCUGUCAGACCCACUGCCGAACUCUACCGCCUCAAGAGGAAGAUCAUGGACAGCCCCUUCACACACCAAGCUCUGUUGGUGGCAGAUCAGUUCGUAGUGACAUUUGACGGUCACUUGUAUGAGCUGCCAGGUUCGUGUCCACUACUCCUGGCCCGAGACGUCGGCCGCGACCCGUCGUUCACGCUGCUGCUCGGCACAGACACGCAGAGCCUCCUCCUGAUACAAAUGAAUAACCACACCAUCAACGUUCAGCGCAACGGGCAGGUGAGGACCGACUGCAGCGGCGCCGUCAGCCACACGUUUCUCACUGAUGAUGGAGUGACAGUCAGGAAAGCAUCAAACGCGGUGCAGGUGUCCAGUCAGAGCGGGAUGUUUGUGUCAUGUGACCUGUCGCUCGAACUGUGCAGCUUCACUCUGGAUGGAUGGUUACAUGGUGUGUCCACCGGUCUGUUUGGGACCAACGAUAACGACGCAGGAAAUGAUUUUCCUAUGUUUGACGGAUCUCAGGCUAAAAACUUGGAGGAUUUUCUCUACACCUGGCAGAUGAAACCUACAUGCAUCAAACCUUCUGCGACAGCAGCCGUCAGUCCAGCGAGCUGUGACUCUUUGUUCUCUUCUCCCGAUUCUCCCCUCAGCUCUUGUUUCAGAGUGGUGGAUCCCAGUCAGUUCAUGUCUGUGUGUAAACUCAGCUCAUCGAGAGCACCCUGCAGAUUAGCAUUUGCUUUCGUUCACCUCUGCCAGCAGAACUACAUACCCAUGGAGGUCCCCGUUCAAUGCAUGAAAGUGUAAAGAAAGGACAAGCUAAUGAAGAGCAAAAAUGGCCAGUUUCUGACCUCUGUGAGCUGCUAUAAUGGACAGAUUUAGUCUUUAUACCACUGUUUGUGCCCCAUUGCCUUCAUACUUUUAUAUUGUAUUGAACUGUAUAGUCACACAUUCUUAUACCUCCUGUGAUGUACGCUUUUGUCCUGUUUAGACGUGCGUUGAUUAUCCCAUUAAUGUGAAUGUAAACACAUUCACUGUAGCAAGUAGUUUAUUAAUAACACAAUGUAAUAAAAACAUUUUUUUAAA